AUGACAUCCUCCGACACUCAGCUCAUCAGGAUAUUCAUGUUUUCAUUCAUGCAACCAGAAGUCAUCAGUGCGUCGGGACAUGUCAGUAGAGGGGAGGGUGCAGAUUUCAUCCUCGAAGCCAGUAACCGUCGGGUGAAAAUGUGGAUGCCACCAGGUGUCCCAACAGAACAUUCGUGGAGGAGGAGUUGCAGGAACCUGGAUAAGCUUGAAAAGAUGCUCGAGACCGUACUGGGGACCGACCACGACGCCUACCAGUUUUCCACUGUUAAUGAAGAUUCAUUACAGUGUGAAAUUCUGGGAUGGCGUCGUUGGCUUAGACGUGUUGGACACUUCAAACAACCAAUGGAGAUCCAACCUCACAGCGGGUUCCAUCCUGGGGACUUGUUGGAUCUCCAUUUGCCUAAUGCAGAGGUGACAGAGGCCCACAAAUCUCUUAAAUCCAAGACGAAGCCAGAGAUGGUAGCGUUUUGGCCGAACUCAAAGCUAUGGUGGAUGACGAUGACAGUGUUAGUUCCCGAACGGGCUCAGUACCCGUUCGGGGGUUGUACCGAACCUGUUCGCGCUUGUUCGCGAGAUGGAUUCACAACAGACAAGGUCAACAAAUACACCUACCUAUGUUCCAAACACUUCGUUGGUGGGAAUGGUCCAUCGUUUGAACAUCCCGACCCUAUCCCGGCAACAUAUACAUCUGAUCAGGUGGUGCAUUUUUCCAAGAAGAGGAAGAACCCAGUGGAGAGACGCCCUCUUCCAUCCAAGGUAUCCAGGUUGGACCCAACUUCGACAGCAGGUGAUGAUGGCCUAUCCUUGUUGGCAGUAUGUGCAGCUGACCACCCUUACACCUCAAGAAAGCAUCCAGAGGAUCAGGAGACAAUCUGUACUGAAUUGAAUGUCUGUGACAUUGAAGAGACUGCCUUGACUGAGCACAGUUCCAGUGAUGCUGCCUGCCAAGCUACGCCAUCAACUCAAGACAUGUCCAGCCAGGCCGAGUUUGUAUGUUCAAGCAUCUUGGUAUCUAAGAUUUAUGAAAAGAUGACAGCGCAAGUCCCUGAUUCAGAUUGUGGAAUUAGCAGAAAUCUAGACAACAAAACCUGUGAUUUACUUUUUGAUAAUCUAGUGUGCAAUAAGAAGAAAUUUAAGUACUACACUGGUAUGAAAACUGUUCACUUCAAUCAUCUCUUUUCUUCUCUUGGUGACAGUGUAAAUGAAAUUUGCUACUGGCGUGGAAAUAAGAUGAAUUCCAAUAAAUCUGGUAAAUGCAGGGUUUUGACAGUAAAAGACCAACUUGUUUUGACGCUUGUAAGAUUAAGGAGAAAUUUGCCCACAAAAGAUUUAUCCUAUAGAUAUAACAUCAGUGUUGGUUCUGUGUCCUGUAUCAUUACCACUUGA